AGGACCCCAAAACCGUUCCCGAGUUUAAAAAUCAAGAGACAGGUUUUGAGUAUUGAGGAUUUUGUUUUUGAUGAUUUUGAGUUAAGUGGUUAUGAACCACACCCGAAAUUGAGUAUGCCGAUGGCUGUUUGAGGUGAUAAAAUGAUUGUAUUGAUUCUAAUUUUGGAAGUGGUGACCCGAGUCCAAGGGGGCUGCCCUACUCGUUGCACUUGCACCCAAAACUCGCUAACUUGCGUCCAAUCGAGUCUAGAAUCGGUCCCUUAUUUCGACAGUUUGGCCAACACCCCCGUCAUAAUCGACCUCUCAGGCAACCCCAUAACAUACAUCGAAAUCGACGAUUUCAGUUUCGAUAAAAGCCACCAAGUCAAGGAGAUUUACUUAAAUAGCACCUCGUUGACCAUCAUCGACGAGCACGCCUUCGACGAGCUCGAAAACUUGCAAGAACUCUACUUAAACGAUAAUUUACUCCACUAUUUCCCCGAUGAAAUGAUCAAAAAGAACGAAAAUAUGGUGUUGUUGGAUUUGUCGAGUAAUUAUUUCAGUGAAAUGCCGAGGAUUCAGUCGGGGAGUUUGGAGGUUUUGGCAAUUGCGAAUUCGCGAAUUGAGGGGAUUAGUGAGGGGGCUUUGGACGGGCUACCAAAUUUGCGAAUUUUGCUCUUGCAACAGAAUAAUUUGAAGAGUGUUAAUCCGGGGAUUUUCUCAAAGAUGAGUAAUUUGUUUUUUGUGAGGCUUGCCUAUAAUCCGUGGUUGUGUGAUUGCAAAACUGUGGAGUUGUUUGAGUUUUUGGUAAAGAAGCGGUUUGUUGAUAACACCGAAACGAUUCAGUGUCUGAAUGAAGAGAAAAUUUUCGUGGAAAUCCCCGAAAAAUGCACCGAUUUUAACAAUACUAAACCUCGGAAUGAAACUGAAGAAUUUGAUGGUGAUUUUUAUUACGUUUUGGUUCUGUUCGUUGCAAUUUUUUCGAGUUUGGUUUUGGGGGCGAUUUGUGGUACUUGUCUCACUUAUAAAUUUCUGACAAGGAGUGUAAAAAUCACCGAAAGCAAAAAAACACUACUCUAACUCACAUUUUUCUAUAUUUUGAUAUUUUUCUAACUGUUUUAAGUUAUGUAAAUAAACAAUUUCUACUA